GUCGAGAAGAGUCGAGAGGAGACGAGAGGAGACGAGAAGGGUCGAGAGGAGUCGAGAGGAGUCGAGCCGUACAAAUUCGUAAAUGGGAAAGGCCUUAUGUCUCGCGACAUUUGUGUAAGAUGCCGGCAACCCGCACAAGGUCAGGGACACGUGCGUGAGCUGCUGUCAGCUGUCGGCUGGUGAGCAGCAGAGCAGAGUGUUCUUCAGGAGAGGACGAGGACACACUGCCGUCAAACAUGUCCAGAGGAAGCCGCAGCCGCCCUGCAGCUCAAGCUCCGGCUCCCACCAGCCCAGCUCUAUCCCAUGCUUCAGCCCCCGCUCAUUCGCCUCCUUCCGCCCUGGCCCCAGCUCCAGCUCAGUCCCAGGGUCCGGGCCUCAUGGCCCAGAUGGCUACCACAGCUGCUGGGGUGGCAGUAGGCUCGGCCGUGGGCCACGUCGUUGGCAGCGCCCUCACAGGAGCGUUUAGUGGCAGCAGCAGUUCAGAGCCAGCCAAGCCUACAUACCAGGAGCCCCCCCGGCCUGCUCCAGCCCAGCCAGGCCCAUGUCACUUUGAGGUCAAACAGUUCCUGGACUGUGCCACCAACCAGACUGACCUGAGUUUAUGUGAGGGCUUCAAUGAGGCGCUCAAACAGUGCAAGUACUCCCACGGUGUAACGUCCCUGGUGUGAAGGGGGGGGGGGCAUCAGCUGAAGGACAUAUUUCGAUAAAGGAACAUGCUGUAAACAUGUCCACAAAACUGUGAGCGUGUACCUCUCAGGCAGUGAGCAUGUUGGUUGAUUGAUGACCUUAAUGUAUGAAAUGUUUUUGGUAUGUACAGUGAUAAACCUUUAAUAAAUAGCUGCUAUCUACUUGCACAUUC